AUGACUCAGACAAAAUAUUGUAUAGACUUAACGCAGAAGGAGAGCCCUUGCCCAUCAGAUACAACUUCCAGGACAAAUAAGCUUGCAGUUGAUGUAAAUGAAAUUCAGCUUCAGCAGCUGCUCAGAGGAAGACUGGAUCUGUUCUUUGCUCCUGCAAAAGAGUGUUUUGCUGGGGUGUCCUGUGGCACUGGAGAAGCUCAGGUGAGGCACUGGCUGGGAGGAGGGACCACAGCCACUGAGAGCCACAGAGGACAGAGCCACAAAGGAGAGCCUGGGGAGUCAGGACUACCAUCCUCUCAAAAAUGGUCAGAAAUGGGGAUUUGUGAGAAUGAACCACCAAGUGCUUUGUUGGAGAGGCUAGACUCUGAGUUGGAACUGUCUUGCCUGCAUUCCAUCCUGUCUACACUGCCAGCACAUCCCCAAAUAUUCUUGAAUGAUGAGACAAAAUGUGUUUUCCCUGGCCAUUCAAAGCUCAUGUUUUCAGAGCAAACAGUAGAAUACAAGAAAAUGCUUUCAUGUGAAAAAAGUACCCCAAAUGAUCUGCAGAUAACACUGGCAUUACUGGCUCUACAAGCUUUUGAAUUAGCAAAUCUGUUAUGCCAUAAUUAA